GUGGUCAAUUUACUUGCGUGUGCGGCGACGAAGAGUGUAAUAAUUUUGUCACUAGCCGUUUGAUCAUCAUCGCUAUCGUUCUGUUUCCGACAGUUUUUUCUGUGUGUUCAUUAAUCCUGGCUUUCACGGUGGAGAUCAAGUGAUUUGAUUGUUUCGCGUAGCCGGUGGUUCUAAGGACGUGGAAGCUCUGCUCCUGCAUCCACCAGCAGCAUAGAAAGUGACUCGCGGUGCUUGCGCCGCUUCGUGUUUGUGUACUUGUUAUCGUGUAGUAGUCCAUUUACUUCGACCGGAAUCGUCGUAUUUUCAACUCGUUGUUCGUUAAACGAAUCAUGCAAAUAUGGACCUAUUUAUAUUCGUCGUAAUUCUCGUUGGGACCUUAGCCGUGCUUUUGGGACUGCAUUUCUUCCUGCUCAAACCACUAUCAAGCAAAUCAUUCGAAGAGGAACUAAAGGAGAAACGCGAAAUGCGUGAGAAGAUUCUUGGCACUGCCGGGACUUCUAAAUCUUCCUCCACCGGUAAAGAUAAUGCGAACAAGAAGAGCAAAAAAAUGAACAAGAAACCCCAACAACAGAAGCAAAAGGUCGCCGUCAAGGAUUCCGAUUUAGAUUCCGGCGAGGUUGAAAGUGAUUCCAAUACUUCCGGAAGCCAAAUGGAAGAAGAGAUCAACCCAUUGACCUAUGCCAAGAAGAAGGUUAAUGCCAGUGUCGAGUACGUUGAGACGGAGGCAUUUGCUCUGACUGAAUCUCAGAAUAAGAAAAAGGAGAAACCGAGCCAUGGCAAGAAGAACAAACAGAAGGGAGGAAUUCUUGUUAAUAAAGCAGAACCAGUUCUUGUCAAACAGGAACCAGCUCAAGAGAUAAACCAUUUUGAACAGAUACACCCGAAGGACGCCCUCGAAAUUGCUCGUCAACAGAAGGAAGAAGACUCCAAGACCAAAUCGGCUCCAAAAGAGCAACGCAAAAACAAGAAUAAAGACCAUGUUAAACAAUCGCCGAAAAGCAGUCGAGUCGAAGAGAUCCCAAUUGUCCCUGCUGUAGCUCCCGUUGUCGCCGUCGCCGUCGCUCCCAUUGAACCGAAGCCAGCUACUGUCAACGUUCAACCCAGUAAGGAGAAGCCAAACAAGAAGAAGAAGAACGAGUUGAUCACCAAACAGUUAGCUGCUGAGGUCCAGGAUGCUGCCAACGUUCAAUCGUUGGUGCGAAUUCUCGCCAAGGCGGACCUUCCCCGUAAUGACAUACAAAUUUUAAUUGACUUCCUGCUUAAUAAGCAGCAGGAUACUCUGACUAAGGAUCCAUCCGAGUGGAAUGACCCAUCCGAUCCUUUGCAGAAACUGAAAAAACAACUUCAAGAAAAGGAAAAUCAACUACUUGAAGAACAUACUGCUUCUUCUGGGUUGCAUGCCAAGUUGAAAGAACUUCGGCAAGAAUUGAACAACGAGAAAAAUCAUAACGGUGCUAUGCUCAAGAGCUUCACUGAAGAACUUAAUGCUAAACGAAUGGAAGUACAAAAUCUCAACCAGCAGAUGCAACUUGUUUCGGAAAAGUUUGCUUCCGAAAAGCAAUCCCUUUCCCACCAAUAUCAACAGCUGCAUACCAAGUAUGUGCAAUUGUCCGAGAAGCAUGCCGCAGCCAAGGAGAACGCCUCAACCGUCGUCCAACUGAACGAAAAUAUGCAGUUGCUUCAGCGUGAACUGAUAACCAAGGGACAGUUGCUGAAUGAGAAACUGCAAACGGAGGAGGAGUUGCUCAAUAAAAAGACUGAAUACGAGAUUUUGUUGCACCAAAAGGAUGAGUUGAUUCAGCAACGCUUGCAAGAACUUAAAACGUACGAAAAUGAAGCGAAGCAAUUGCGUGCUGUGGCUGUACAGAAUGAGGAACUGGUUGCCACUUGCCAGCAGCAAAACUACGAGCUGGAGCAAUUGAAUGCUCAAGUUGGUGAACUGCAGAACAAGCAGAAGCAGGCUGCUGCCGUUAUGGCGGCUACUACUGCUGCUAACACCCAGGCCGAAGAGAGCAGCAAAGUGGAAAUACGUAAUCUCCAGAAUGCCUUAGAUUCGAGCAAAACCGAACUAACUGUGUAUCGUUCGGAGCUUGCGGAGUAUAAGCUGAAGCAUGCCGAGCAAGAGCAACAUACCAAGGAGUUGCGUGCACGGGAGGAAGACUUGCAAAAGCAAAUCGAAGAGCAGAAAGCAAAGAACAAUGAUUUACGCAUGAAGAACUGGAAGUUGGUAGAAGCACUGCAAGUUGCGCAAAAUAACACUACCAAACAAAGCACCACUAACACGAAUCAAAGUAGUAAAGUUGAACUCGCUGUAGCUGCUAGCAAAGCACAACAAGCGGCGAACCACAUUGCCGAAGUUGUUCCAGUCCCAAAGGUCGACAUCGACAAGGUAAUCUUGGAAGAGCAAAAUCGAACAAAGGACCUGCUUGUGAAGCUGCUUCCGCAGGAAAUAGUUUCGGCUCUUCCGCUGGACGCCACUAACUUCCACAGUUGGCUGGAAUCUACGGUCACAUGCAUCCGAGAGCAACAGGAGAGUGUUCGCCUGUUGGCCGCUAGCAAUGCCAGCGUCGUUGCCGCCACUCCCAGUAACAAUAGCACCGAGUCGGUGCACCAUAGCUUCAACAAUACUAGUAGGAGUAGUAACAAUAGUACUAACAAUAAUAGUAGUUUAAAUGAUCAAAUCGAUGUUCACGGCGGGAAAACCGACGAGGGCAGUAGCAAAAACGGUGCCCCGGAGCUAGCAGAGGACACUCCCGAGGAUCAGCAAGCGCUGACACUACGGAAUGAACAGCUGCAGAAAUCAGUAGAUCAAUAUAAAUUAAUUAUAGCUGAUACUGAAAUUAUGCUGAAAAACCUAGAAUCGAAAGUAAUCGAACAGGACAUCCAUUGGAGGUCGGUGGUGCAAGCUAAGGAUAAAGAAUUAAAUCUGCUCAAAUCGGCCGGUGCGUUACAGUAGUACUAGUAGUUUGUAGUAACAACCAUCUUAGUAGUAAUGACAACAACAACCAGAAAGCUCCGGUCGGUGUCCGUCAACAGAACAAAAAUUGUGAAUUUGCCAAUCGGCGUCGGGAGAAGCGGCAGUUGAGAGGUACCUACCUAGAUAUUGGCAAUAAGCAAACUAAACGUGAGAUUGUGCACUGGCAACUGCGAUAUAUAGUCUGUGUUUGUGAAACCAUAAUGCUGUCGCUGGGAAAUGAAGACCACUGAGGUGAGACGGAAAUGAAAACUAUUUUCGAAGACCAUUGUGUUUUUGAUUCAGGCUGCCUUUUUUCAAUUUUCCUUUAGCUUCUCCUAUGUAUCAAAUCCUAAAUAAUUUCUGUUUUCCUCUUACCCAAUUUCAUUUCGCCUCGAAACAAAUGUCAAACAAGGGUACAUGGCUCACGUCCCCAUAUCAAUCUCCAGUGCGCCUCUUCCGAUCAAAUGCAGUGACAAAUAUGCUCGCAAUAUCCGUAUGCAAAACGUUGCACUGAAAGCCGGUCUUGAUGUGUGCGCUUUUACAGUUGGCAUCCUGCGAUGUUCCGACAUACAUUUAACUGCGCGGCAAACGCGUAUCGCAUUCCUAGAUUCUCCUACAAAAAAAACCGUUUCCAUAAGUAAGAACAAACAACAAUAGAAAAUAGUACACCCACACUCCACUUAGAUUUGCUCCUACGCGAUAUGACUACGAAUCGUGGAAACUGCAGACAGGAGACAAGAAGACAUCCGUCGAAAGCUACUAUAGGUUAACAAAGAAAACAAUCUGGAAGAAGUGCAGCACUUCUGAAGGAACUUGUAGAACAGUCGAACAAGUUGAGGGAGAAACUUUGAUUUUUUUAUAAGACCGAAAACGAUAAUUAAGAGUGAUCCAAUAAUUUAUAUUGCAUUUUGUUCAGACCGUCGCUCGUAAGAGAAACAUUGUUGUACGUUAUAUUUGUGGGUAACAAUUGUUUCAAAGUAAUUACAGAAUAAAGUUUUUAUUAGAGUUUACAAAACCUGAACAUUAAAGCAACAAUUGUUGUAGAAAAAAUAAUAAAGCGCAUGUACUCCUCUAAAAUGGCAAUGAUGUGUAAAAAUUAUGGUGGAUUUGAACAAACUUGUAGAAGUGUUUUUCAAAUAUAUGUUUCACUACGUGUUCCUAAGA